AGACAGACACAGGCACACACAGACACACACAGGCACACACAGACACACACAGACAGACACAGGCACACAAGUUCAGUCUGACUUUCCCACACUGAAGCAGAACCAUUUUCUCACACCAUCUCUCACACACAGUAUCAUGUGACCAGGCUGUGGCUCAGUGUGUGGAGGAAAAGAAAGAAAGUAAGAAGUAUGAGGCGGCUGCUGCCAGAGAGAGAGCUGCAGUGUUAUGAGGAGAGAGGCAGGGAAGCAGCUCUUGCUCAGACCCUUUAGAUGACUGAAGCCCAUUAUGGGAACCUGGGGACCCAGCUGGAUCAGAAGCAGCUCAGAACUCCCAGCUGAAGCCCUGGCUCUAGACACUCCUUCCUCCUUAGUGAUGCCUGUAGGGGAGGCGGCUGAACUGUAGCACUCACAGGGAGUCACAGCGAGUGGAGCUGCAGGAAGGGGGGAGCUGCCUUCAAGGAGCACCUGGAAUAUCAGUGAUAGUGAUGGAAACUGUUUAAGUAGAAAGGCUACUGUGGCUAGUGCUGAAUGCAAGUGGCAGCCUGACCGCUUUACUUUAUCCAAGUAUCCUGCUGACUCUCCUUUAUUCCAAUGGUCCAGAAUAACAUGUCCAAGUCUUCCUCGGCAUCACAGCAGGAGAUCCAUAUGGACUCGCUGGAGAACCCCGCCGUGCAGACUUAUGGAAAAGGUGCGAGACGGAAACACAGAUUCAAAGGAUCUGAUGGCAGCACAUCGUCCGACACUACCUCCAAUAGCUUUGUGCGACAGGGUUCGGCGGACUCGUACACCAGCCGCCCAUCAGAUUCAGAUGUUUCUUUGGAAGAAGACAGAGAAGCUGUGCGAAGAGAAGCGGAACGUCAGGCCCAGGCACAGUUGGAAAAGGCUAAGACCAAACCAGUUGCAUUUGCUGUUCGGACCAAUGUUGGCUACAGCGCAGCGCACGAUGACGAGGUCCCUGUUCCAGGCAUGGCCAUUUCAUUUGAAGCUAAAGAUUUUUUACAUGUCAAAGAAAAAUUUAAUAAUGACUGGUGGAUAGGUCGGCUUGUAAAAGAAGGCUGUGAAAUCGGAUUUAUCCCUAGUCCUGUGAAACUAGAAAACAUGAGGAUACAACAUGAACAAAAAACAAAGCAGGGGAAAUUCUAUACAAGUAAAUCAGGGGGAAACUCUUCUUCCAGUCUGGGUGACGUGGUGCCUAGCUCCAGAAGAUCAACUCCACCAUCAUCCGCUAUAGACUUAGAUGCCACUGGCUUAGAGGCAGAAGAGCUUGACAUUCCUCCAGCCAACCAUCGCUCCCCUAAACCCAGUGCAAACAGUCUAACAUCGCCCCACUCCAAAGAGAAAAGAAUGCCCUUUUUUAAGAAGACAGAGCACAUCCCUCCUUAUGAUGUAGUGCCUUCCAUGAGACCUGUAGUUUUAGUGGGGCCUUCUUUAAAGGGAUAUGAGGUGACGGAUAUGAUGCAAAAAGCAUUAUUUGAUUUUUUAAAACACAGAUUUGAAGGAAGAAUAUCCAUUACCCGAGUCACAGCGGACAUCUCCCUUGCCAAACGUUCAGUGUUAAAUAACCCCAGUAAACAUGCAAUCAUAGAAAGGUCUAAUACACGAUCAAGCUUAGCCGAAGUUCAAAGUGAAAUUGAGCGAAUCUUUGAGCUUGCGAGGACGUUACAGCUUGUAGUUCUCGAUGCAGAUACUAUCAACCAUCCAACUCAACUGGGCAAGACCUCCCUCGCCCCCAUCAUAGUAUAUGUGAAGAUUUCCUCUCCAAAGGUUUUACAAAGGUUAAUAAAGUCAAGAGGAAAAUCGCAGGCCAAGCAUCUUAAUGUCCAAAUGGUGGCGGCCGAUAAGCUUGCUCAGUGCCCUCCGGAAAUGUUUGAUGUCAUUCUGGAUGAAAACCAGCUUGAAGAUGCAUGUGAGCACCUAGCCGACUACCUAGAAGCCUACUGGAAGGCAACCCAUCCUCCCAGCAGUAACCCUACCAAUGUGCUCCUCUCCCGCACACUUACAACCGCAACUCUUCCCAUAACUCCAACCUCUGCCUCUAACACACAGCAGAGUUCCCAGGGUGACCACCAGAAUCAGCAUUCGGCACCAGAAAGAACUGGCUCGGUGGAGGAAGACACAAGUGCUGAAGCAACGAAAAAGUCCCAUCAUAGGUCUUCCUCCUCCGCGCAGCACCAUAAUCACCGCAGCGGAGGGAGCCGAGGACUUUCCAGGCAGGACACAUUUGAUAACGAAACCCAAGCAAACAGAGAUUCAGUUUACCUUGACCCAAAGGAGGACUUCUCUUCGGAGCAUGGAGCUCCCCCGGAUUCACACAGGGAACAUAACCAUCGGGACGAGACACAUGCAGUUAGUGAACACAGGCACAAAGAGAGCCGGCAUCGGUCCAAUGAACCGGACAGGGAACACGACCACAAUGAAUGCAACAAACCUCGCAGCCGCCAUAAAUCCAGGGAUCGGCAUUGCGAGAAGGAUGGGGAAGUUCCUAGAAAGCGAAACGAGGCGGACUGGAACAGGGAUGUGUAUAUCCGCCAGUAAUGUUGCUCGCUAGACACCUUUUUUUGUGAUUUUAUUUCCUCCCGUCCUUGUAACGCUCCCUUUUACAUCGAUUUGGUUGGUUGCGUCCGCCAUGUCUUCUGUAUUUGGAUCCCAGUUGUCCGUGCAGCAACAACAUAGACUUUUAUAUUUUUGCUAGUCUUUUCAUCUUCAACUUGCCCCGGUGUGACUGUGACUCUGCCCCCAGACCAUGCAUUUUAGCUGUGUCUGUGGCUAACACGUCCCAUCUGUCUGCCCUCCUUAAAGGGAUGCUGCUCUUCAAAAAGGCAUGGGGCGCCUUAUCCUUGUCCGGCGGGACACAUUGAAAGCCUACAUGUGAUCACUGCAAAGGAUUUCUUCCAUUUAUGUUCAGUUUAAAAGUAGAUCUAUUAUUUCCAGAUAAAAACACGUCGCAGUUUUCCUCACAUUCUCAGCCACAGCCACUCGGAAUGAGUUUUUAUUUGAGUAUUUAAAGGCCACAGUUUCCUUUUUUUUAAAAAAAUUGCCUCCCCAAUUUUUUAAUUUGAAACCAGAGCUAAUAUUGCCUUACUCUUUACACAUCAAUACAUUAUCAGCCAUUUUCUAUGUCUUGUACACAAAGUUUAUAUGUCCCCCCCCCCAAUUCCUGCAUGGUUUCUACACAGUCGUACAUUUUCCAUGUAAAUCACUGGUGACUGGAACUAAACGUGGGACAAAAAUACCAUUUGGGACUAUUUGAAUUCAAUUCAUAUGAAUCUAUCCAAUUCUGUAGCCUCUUCCCUGCUAGAAACGCAUCUGGCGGCAAAGAGGCUCAUUUGUCCGUAGGUACCACAAUCCACCGUAGUGUUCAGUAUUAUCCGUAACUUAUUUACUUGCAAAACCACUGUCGGAAUAAAACGGGGCUACCCCAGUGUGCGAGGUAGGCAUGCAGAGGAGAAAUUGUUAUAUUUGUAUUCUAUUUUCGUGCAAAUCGUUUCGGAGUCACUUCGGAGGGAGUCAUUAUGUUAUCAUGCACCGAAAAUUAUUUUUUUCGUUCGUAGAGCACGUGAAUUUGGUACGUAAAAUGCAUGAAAACAAAAUUCUUGUCGAUAUGCACAAAGCCCUGAAUUGGUCAUGAAUAUAUGUAAAUAUAGAAAUAUAUAUAUUUAUAGCUGUGAUAUUUAAAUGCACCUCCGAGGGGGUAAGAGAGUGGAACGUACAGAGCCGGCCCCGAGAGGGUGUUUUGCUCCCAUUGUAUGAAGUUUAUAUAAAAGAAGGGCGAGGUUUGCUUAGGCAAAUAGCAGAGUUUGUAGAAUUACCGCGCCUGGGCUGAAAAGACUUAAAUGAUUCCCAUGUUUGUUAUUUGAAUUGGAAAGUUCCUAAGAGCCCAGUGUGCGGCCCAGCAAUUAGCAGUGAUGUGUCGUGGGUUCUGGCCGCACACGGAACACAAGCAGGAUAGUGCGCUGCUCAGACUUACGCACAAUACUGAGUCAACAUUUCCAUGCACAACGCACUCCUUCACGGGAACAUGGGUUCUGCUGCUGCCAUGCAGAGUGUGCAAGGAAAGGGGAGUAACAAGCCGGGCCCUGAGAGCUCGUUAUUUGUAUGGCCUCCCAACCACAACUGCUUUUCGGUCUAGUGCUGCCCUAGGCACCGUUCCGUUGCUGUGUCCCUCAGUGAAAAUGACAUCAUUGCACAAAGUGCUGCAUGUGAUGUCACUUCCAUGUGAAUGAUGUCAUUUCUGCCUGCAGUGCCAGCCAAGUAUCCCAUACUCCCCACCUCUGCCACCAGAUUUCAUAGGACAGGAUCCAGUGGUGGUGGAAAGUGUUUUUUUCACACAAAAAAUAAUUAUUUACCAUAUAGGCAUCAAAGGGCUGCCCCCCUAGGCACAGGCCCUCCAGUGCCCAUAUGGGAAAUACGGCCCUGCACCCUGGAGAUAAGAAAUUGGUCAUAUCAGGUUAGUGAUUAGAGUGAAUGGGGCGUAGGACUAACAGUUUGCAAACCAUUAGGGAAUUUAGGUUUAGAUGGCCUCUAUCAAAAUUAAAUUACAUUACAGUUGUAAUUAAGGGGUGCCAAUUUGUUAGACCUCCCCUCCCUCAGUCACUCUAAUCACCAACCUGGGAUGCUUAUCCAGUGAUCACACCUACUUGGAAUUUGUUGCCCACAUUGUGCAGUGAAACAGUUGAGCCAAUCUGUGGGUGGCAGUGCUUGUGCUGGCCAAUAAGGCAUACAGAAUGGGGCAGCACAUGAGCCAUAUCAGGACAUCCCUUGUGCCCAUUAAAGGUGGAACCGCACAGCUCAUCAUUUCCAGGUGGCAAGUACUUAAUGUAGUGCAUGCUGAUGGGUGCCAUUUUGCACCCACUAGUGCACAUUGCUCGCACCUAUCCCUGGAUAGGGAUUCCCUGCUAUUAAGCAUAAAAGUGAAGGAAACACAAUACCUUUGGGUUGUGCCAACUUGUUAGGCACCUCCCACAGUGACUAAAAUGACUUUAAAAUGACUCUAUCCCAGGCCUGGAAAGUGAUGAGGUUAUGUAAUAAAAGGCACUAAGUUUGCCCAUGAGCUGUAACCCAUAGCAACCAAUCACCAGGGAGCAAUUACUGGUCACCUGUUUAAAAGCAAACAUCUUAUUAGUUGCUAUGGACAACCUUAGUGCCUUUAUUACAUAUAGGGGUAAGUGAUUUAGGUGAAACAGUAGUAGCAUCCCCCCCCACCAGUGAUUAUGAGUUUCCCUCUCCCAUACGUUUGUGCCCAGUGGACUUUAUAUUCUUACUUGGAGUUGAAAUUGGUGGAUGCGACACAUGAAAAUACGAGGUUGCCCAAAUAUUUACCUAGGUGUAAAUGUCACCCUUUAGUACAUAUGUAGCCUUAUGUGCAUUGCUGUCUCUCUGUGCCACUCUAAGGGUAUGAAAACACCAAGAACAUUUCCUGUGAAUGCACCAGUGAGUAUUAUUGGCCAUUCAGCAUUCUGGCUCCUCCCCUCCCCCCAAUACUGAAGGUCGGCUUCUGUGACUUCCAUCUUGCUUUUUCAUACCCCACUUUGUUAAAGAUGUUUUUUCAAUAAAAAAAAAGGAAAUACUAUUUAAAUAUGAGCUUUGUUGAAUACUGUAUAUGCAUAUUUGUGGGAAGUACUUUUAUUUUCCAGAAUUUCGAUUUGUAUGCAUUUGUAUAUACUUCAGAAACGGCCUUUGUAGAUAAUGAAUUGUAGGUUCUGUAGCCCUGUGGGACUGGUACAUGGAUUUAUUUAUUUAUUAUGCUAUAUACAAAUGGUGGCUGUAACUUACAUGUUAUUCUUAACAUGAAGAAAAAUACAACAACGACAAAAAAUGAUGUUCCCAUACAA